CAACUCAGAUACUGUCCGUGUCACACGGUCAUAGUCCAAAAUUCUGAUGUAGUGAGAUAUCAUUACAUAAAGGUGUGGCAUGACAGCCAACGUCUUGUAAUUGUACUUUAAACUAUCAUUAAACUUUGAAAUAUCCUAGAUUCAAGGGACACUAAACACUGCAGACCAGCUACGAACAUGUUUUAAAAUGAAAUUUCAAUGGUAGCAGAGCACAUGCAGGUUGUCAAAUCAAGUUUUUCAGAUUUAAAAAUGACUACGACCCAAACAACAACAAAAUGACAGCUACGACAAACAGACAGUUACCCACAGCAAUGAGAGAUGAGGCACGAAUAUUUACAUUUAUUGAACUUUUUCUACAAAUAUGGCACAUUAGACAUUAUUAAUGGAUGCUCCUCCAGAAAAACAUUAUAUUUUGUCAAAGAGAUAAUUACUUUUUUUAAAUAUAAAGUUGUGUUGGAUUGUUUAAACAUUCCUGUUCCUAUUCCACGCCCCAACAUAAAAAUAAAGUAGUUGGAAAGGAAGUUAUUAAAAAAAAAUCAUACAGCCUGCAUUGGCCAUACAACAAAACAAAACAGGCAGUUGACAGGCUGUAGCACACAAACACACAAAACACGCGGUCACUUUCUAACACAGCCACCUCAAAACAUACAAAAACAUACGUGACAUCAUAUAUGAUGCAAUAAAGGUAAUCAAAAGGACAAAAAAGCCCUAAGGCAUACUGGCAUCAACGUCACGUCUACGUGUUAUGUCAGGUUCCCACGCUAAAUGUAAGGCUUUAAUGCAACAUUAAGUUAAAAAUGUAACGGUAAAAAUAUCGUGGACGAAGGAAAGACAUGAUUACGAUAAGAAAGGGACGACGUUGAGGAAAAGCGACGGUUAGAAGAACCGAAGGAACAAGUAAAAGCAGUCAACAAACAAGCAAAAAGAUAUUGAAAGUAGGUCUCGUUGUGAGCAAAAAUGAAAUCUGAAAAUACGGAGCCUCGGGCUUUGAGGAGAUCGGCACGACAGGCGUCCAGCCGAGCAAUUCGUUAUGAACCGACCCCCAGGGGUCCACUGAAGAGAACCAAAAAAACUCCUGUAAACAAAGCCCCCGCUCCCCCCGCCGUGGUCAACGGUUCCAAAGAAAAGGAGGAGAUUGUAGAAGAUGGAGUCUCCCCUAACAAGAAGAGUCGACUGGAGACAGAAGGAGCAGUGGACAGGAGUGGUGACGAGAAUGAGAUGGAGGUUCAGAAGCCAACUGAAGCUGUGAAUGAUAAGGAUGAGGAAAUGGAUACAGAGAUAAAAGAUUCCACCCAUCCCACUCAUCCGAACAAACCUUUUCAAGGCCCAGCUGGAGAUUUUAAUGUAUUUCCUCAUGUGGUUCUCCGUGAACGCUGCCAGCCUCAGGCUAUAAUUGGGGAUGCAGAUCUGCCAAAAGUAAUACUAGAGCGACCACGAACCAAAAAACCUGCAGCUUCCACCAAGUCAGCAGAGCAAGUCAGACCACCAGUAAGCAGAUAUGACAUACCAGUCACUAAAUUCAGUGUGGCUGACUACCAUGACAAGCUGGGGUCGAUACCCAGGGCAGCUGUCAAGCCAAGUCUGUAUCAAUCAUCAGAGAAAUCCAGCACAGUUCACCAUCGUUUAAAUCUCAUUCCUAAACACAAAGAACCUGUUCCACGCAAGAAAGAACUGUUAAAGAAAACAAAUAUCAUCAAGACAAGUCCUGGACAUUCCUAUAGAGGGUUCAUGUGGUAUUUAUGGUGUGUGAUUCUACUGAUGCUGAUGAGUUCUGCUGUCUUGCUGGUGUACAUGAAAACUCUUGUCCAUCAAAGGGUCACAAAUGAGGAAAGGUAUUUAACCAAGACUCCAAACACAGAAAUGUUUGCAGUGCAAUUUUCAGUUUUGGAGGCUCAGUUUGUCAGUCAGCGCGAUGAGUUGUGGAGACGAAGCAAGAUCCACCUGGAAAAGCACCUUAGAACAGCUGAGCCCACAGAACCAGUGAGUCUGAUCAUUACUGCCGGACACAAGGCUGAGAAAACACUGCAGUGUCUGGCACAAAAAAUGGCUUCCUCCUUCUCAUCUGCCCUCAAUGGCAGUGUGCUCCAAAUUGAUGGAGUCAGUAAAGCAGGCCAAAACAGUGACCAAGUAAAACUGGACAUUGACAGACAGUUGAAGGAAGCCUUUGAGGGUGAUAAACCCGUGGCAGUUAUCCAUCGCUUUGAGGAGCUGCCUUCUGGGUCGACCCUCAUUUUCUACCGCUACUGUGACCACGAGAAUGCAGCUUACAAGCAGGUGUUUUUGUUGUUCACUGUACUACUGCCUCAGGACGAAGUUAGCAGCCAGCUGCAUCUGAAUGAUGUGGAGGAGAUGGUGCAGGACUACAUCAAAGACAGGUUGGUGGGUUCAAGCAGCCAAAGUUCCUUCAAUGAGAUGGACACUGACAAAUUUCCUGGACUGUGGAGCCGAAUCUCACACCUUAUUUUGCCUGUGGUGUCUGAGAAGGAAAUUGAGCAGAAAGGAUGCUGAACAGGAUACACUAGGAACCAAUGUGAACAGGUGAUUCUUUCCACAUACAAACACACAUAAAAUUAAAGUAUUUAUGCUGGAACUGUCCACAUAGAUGUGUUGUAAAGAUGUGGUAUGCAGUCAUUUUCAUGUAUAUGGAAAGUAUUUGAAAAUUCAUUUAGAAUUCCCUUUCCCCCAUUCUGCUUUAAAGCCAGUUGUUGCUUGAGUGCGCUGAUAUACUAACGUUAUGAAUAAAUUCUCCUUAAACAUUUUUUCAAUAGGAAAUAGUCUUCAGUCAAAGAAAUAAUUUCUACUGGAGGAAGGGCACAGUAAGGGUGUGUUAACAUAGUAUAGUGAGUCUCCAGUCAUAUGUGUGGCUGCAGCAGCACUGGGACAACAAUGUCCCAUUGCUGUACUUUAAUGAAAAUGGAAAACUUUCCACCAACUCUCUAAUAACCUAUAGUUAGGGUCUGACACUGGGUUUUCUCUAGAAAUGUAUUUCACUUUACAAUAAUCUGUCUUCAUUGAGGUUAUUUUUUGGUGUUAAAUUAACCAAAGCAACCACAUCAAAUUGUUGUUUACACUUAAUUUAUUGGGGAAAAUGUCUGCAUACUAUAUCUAAAAGGUUUUGGAAUCGCUUUAAGCUUUCUUUCAGAGAGACCACAUUUAGUUUUCUACCCCAGUUUUAAAUGUGUACACUGGGUUUUUGUAGUGAUCAUCAUCAUCUUUGCAUUUCCAAAUCAGGUGAAGUGUAUAUUCUUAUGUGAAAAAAAAAUGAAUAAGAAAUAUUUGAUUCAGUCUGUUUAGCAUACAUUACCAUCAUGUAAACAAUUUCUCUAAGUCAUUCUUUAAGAUAUAAAAAUAAUCUUUUUUUACAUGUUUAUUAUUCUGUGAUAUAUUUUCACAGUUUCGAUUGAUAUACCGGAAUGUUUUGGGGGUUUUUUGGUACAAUUUGCACUUGAAAGAUUUUAAUUUGUCACUUAGUCAGCAAUAGAACUGACUUUUAAAAAGAAAAAAAUAUUUUGAAAAAAAAAAAAAAAAUCUCUGUUGUCUGUGUAUAUAAACCAGAUACAGUUUGUUAUUUUCUAAGAAAUAAGCAAUGGCAUAAAGAAAAAUACUGAAUUUACUGGUAAAAUAUUUUCAGCAAGAAACCACAGGUUCUAAAGUUGUACAAACAUUUUGAGCAAGUUUCACAAAAUGUGCCUUAAACACUGUGUCAGCAGCACAAAAAAUGUGUCAUGUGAUCCAGUAUGUCACAUUGAUGAGGUAUAUUAUAGAUUGUGUAUUUGAUAGUGAAAUUCUUUCCUGUUUUUUUUAAUUAACAUUUGCCAGAAUCUGGAUAUUUUCAAUAAAGAUUAUUUUGAUAUAA